AGCCAGGAAUGUUCUAGAGACGAGUUUAGCCAGAUGGAGCUGCAGCUUGGCUGUAUGGACAUUAGACCUUCUAAUGAAUAUUUCAGGAUAUACAGCUAACAUCAAGCCAUAAGUACCCUCUGACAGGAUCAUAACUGGGAGAAACAAGAACCAAAGGUCUUAUCCACACAUCAUUGCAAGCGAGCCCUCUGCCAAUCUCACCAGUCAUGGGUGGGCUAACAGGAUGGCUGCUAUUACUGUGCCUGGUCUGCUCAAGCAAAGCCAAUUUCAGUCCUAUAAUUGGCCAAAAGGUUUUUGAAAUCUGUGAGGAUGUUCCUGUCGAUUCAGUUGCUUUUACUAUAUUAGCAUCUGAUCAAGAUGGAGAUACUCUGACUUACGGACUCACUGGGUCCAAUGCUGGAUUCUUCCAAGUUAAUCCAGCAAAUGGGGAGGUGACUGUGAAAUCUCCCCUUGAUAGAGAGGCCAGCGUCACAAUGGCACUUGGUGUUACAGUUUCAGAUGGUUCCAAUACUACACCAGGAACAUUAACUUUAAUAUUAGAGGAUGCCAAUGACAACAGCCCUGUAUUUGAAAACCCUAAUUUUGACAUCUUAGUGGCAGAAAAUACGACUGUAGGAACGUCAGUGUUUAAAUUUACAGCAAGUGAUCGUGAUGAAGCAGAUGCCGGCGUUGUUAGAUACUCUCUCGUUGAGAUAAUACCGCCACAAGGAUCUGAGGUGUUUGAAAUCAAUGAAGUCUCUGGUGAACUGAAGUUAAAGGGCCAGCUUAAUUACAACACUCUGAGCACUUUUUAUCGGCUCCAUGUUGAAGCGAAGGAUCUUGGAGGUGCUUGUACUGGGGAGAAGGUUUUCCAGUCAUCCAGAGCUUUCUCCUUCGUGACGGUUGUGGACGCCCCGGACCUCGACCCCAUUUUCGUCGGUGGUCCAUAUGUAGGAAGCGUUGAAGAGAGUUCUGCUGCAGACACGUCUGUGUUGCGAGUGACCGCCCUUGAUGAGGACAAGGGAAUCAAUGACAACAUCCUCUACUCCAUUGAAGCUGCCUCAGUUGAAGGCUUGUUCAAAAUCUCAGAGAAUGACGGCAUCAUAUCUGUGUUGUCGGGAAUUGACAGAGAAGUUACUGGUGACAAAGUAACUCUGACUGUGAAGGGCACCGAGUCUAAACCGAACGUCAACGGACAACCUGCCACUGCAACAGCAACCGUUGAGAUCAACAUCAACGACAUCAAUGACGAGGAGCCUAAAUUUUACAAAUGUGAAGGCUCCUCCUGUGUGCUAGAAACUCAAUUCACGGGAGAGGUCUUUGAACACUCAUUGGGGGCAAUUUCCAUUGGCAUGACAGUCAAGGAUCUAGACAAGUUUGUGCAAACCGAGAUAACAUUGGAAGGAGAGGACAAAGACGUGUUUUCUGUGGAACCCUCCAUUGCUGGACCAGAGAGCACUGUUCAGCUUCUUGUCAGGCAGCCCGAGAAUCUGGAUUUUGAAGAAAAGCAGCAAAUGAUUCUUCAGGUGAUUGCUACAGAUAAGGGCAAACCCACCUUCCAGGCCACUGCCACAGUUACAAUAACCAUAAAGGACACCAACGACAACAGCCCCACGUUCCCACAGAACACGUACAAGAUAAAUGUGACUGAACACUCUCCUGCUGAGACAGAGGUGGCCACAGUGACGGCAGAUGAUCCUGACACAAUGGAUGCAGGCAAAAUCACCUACAGUCUUCUUCCAGAGAGCAUACUGCAGUACUUUGACGUUGAAAGUAACACGGGAAGAGUCUACGUGAAAAAUCAGGCUCUCCUGGAUCGCGAGCUCAGAUCUCUCUAUUCAGCCACCUUGCAGGCCAGAGACACAGAUGGCAAGCCCGGCACUACGGUGCUGGAGAUCACUUUGACGGACAUUAAUGACCAGACACCAAUCAUCAACAGACAAGAGUACCGAGAGUUUGUCAGUGAGGGUGGGAAGCUUGAAUUUCCGAUUGAGGCUACAGAUGGAGAUGAAGCUGGCACAGAAAACAGCAAGAUUCAAUUCAGCAUUAAACCGAGUACACACAGCGGCAGCUUCAGCAUUGACCCGAACACCGGUGUGCUAACAAAUAGCGGUGAACUGGAUCGGGAGGCACUGAAUCCAGAAUCGAAUGGGAGGAUAAUCCUCACUGUAAUAGCCACUGAUAUGGGAACACCCGCGCUGUCAACCUCUGUCUCGGUUAUUAUCACUGUGGAGGACAUCAAUGACAACGCCCCAACUUUCAAAGCACCAUCCUACAGUUUUUCUGUUAAAGAAGGAGAAAAGGGCGCAUCUGCGGGUUUCGUUCACGCCGAGGAUCUGGAUCAAACCCCCGAAUUCAACCGCAUUUCUUUCAGCAUCAUCGAUGGGAGCUUUGGCAGCUUCAUUGUUCGAACCUCGGCAGAGGAGAAGGGUUACAGCGGCAACAUCAUGGUAGACCCGGACAUCGAGCUCGAUUAUGAGUCAGCACCCAAGAAGUUCACGUUGCGGGUGGAAGCUACAGAUCUGGAGCUGGAGAAAGCUCAAACAGUGGUGGAGGUGAAUGUGCUGGACGUGAACGACGAAAGACCAGAGUUCACGUCAGUCCAAGUCGUUUCUGUGGCCGAGGACGCCGUCACAGACGCGCUUGUCGGGACGUUCGUAGGUCAGGACAAAGACACCAACCAUUCGCUGGUCUACGAGCUGGAAUCUGUCAAUUGCAAGUGCAGUGGCGAACUGGAACCCUGCAGCUGGUUCACCCUCGACCCGAAUGGGGAUGUCCGAGUUGGUCCAGCAGACCCUCUGGAUUAUGAAGAAUGUGACCAAGCUGUGAUAAAGGCUCAGGUGGUGGACUUGUUCACGGAAAAGGGAGAGAACAACAGUGUGACGCCAGGAGAAAUGGUUAUCAACAUUGGAGACGUAAAUGACAACACUCCUGAAUUUUAUUACUCCAACUCUGUAUUUGUUGUGGUGUCAGAAAGUGCCAGCAAAGGAACAUCAGUUGCAGGAGUCACAGCUUCAGAUCGGGACUCCGGACAGAACAGUGUGAUCAAAUUUGAUGUAAGAAAAGUUCAAUUUGAGGACAGGGUCACAAACGCUGUCACCGACACCAGGAUCCUGUUUGAGGCCGUCACUACACAACAACAAAAUAUCUAUGUUGGGAUUAUUCAAACUACAGAAGGUCUUGACCUGAAACUGAAAGGGAAAUAUUUGGUAACGGUGACUGCGACGGACACAGGCAACCUUUCCAACACCACCGUCCUGGAGAUUUUCACCAUUGACGAGGGCUUCCGAACUGAACUCCAGUUUAGAACUACAGUGAAUGAGGUCGAACAGUCACUCGAUGAGAUCAAAAGGAAACUCUCUGCAGCCACUGGCGCUUCAGUUGACAUCGUUUCAAUCAAAGACCAGUCUUCAAUAUCCAGGAACGCCGCACAGUCUUUCAUGUUGGCAUAUUUCAUCUUUUCAAAUGGAACCGCUCUUACUUCUUCAGAAGUAGAAAAGAGGCUUUCUGAUCAAGAACAUUUUCCUGGGCUGUAUGAAGUGGGCCUGGUCAAUAUUGGCAGCGUUCCCGUCGCUGAAACAAAAACGAAUCCCUUGGUAUACGGUCUGCUGGGCAUCGUUGGAGGUCUCAUCAUUGUACUGGUCAUACUCACGACCUCGCUUUUGUGCACUCGCAGAAACUUCAGAAGGAAGCUGAAAGCAGCGAAUGCCAUGAAAUCUACAACUAUGUUGAACUCUGACAACCAGAAAGGUGGCGCUGUCGUGCCUGGGACCAACAAGUACACCAUGGAAGGUGCCAACCCAGUGCUAAACCUGAACAUCUCCUCAGCUCUAGCCUUGGACAUGGAUUUAAAUGAGGAAACCUCAGAUGCAGAAAAAUCCAGCCUCAGCUCCCUGGAUCACAACUAUGACACAAUCAUGGAUGGAAAUGAUUCAGAUGAUGACAAGAAGGGGGCCAUGUGGGACAAAGAUGUCGAUGAGUCGUCGGAGUACAAUGAGCCUCUGGGUGCAGCGCUCGCCCAGUUGGGUCAGAAUAAGAAAAGUAGCACAGCCAAGAUCGACCUUGGGAUUAACAACCCGAUGUUUGACACGACAGAUCUGUAACACUAAGUAGAGAAACGGCGAUGGACAAAAUCACGCAAUCCAAAUCAAACACAGCUACUGCCUUCAAAAAGGUCUUUGAUAUGAAAACUGGAACGUAAACUUAAGUAAGCCUGUAAGGAAUAAUAUAAAUACACUUGUAAGCAACAGGUUUAACACAGAACUCAUGGUUAUAUUUAAACAUUUUUCUCAGUAAAAAAACAAAUAAAUGGAACAAUUAGGAUUGGAUUUCACUUUGGUUUUUGAAUCAGUUCUGCUUUCCAGACAUUUCAAACAUCAGCUCUGGUGUUGAAAAUAAGAUCCGCACAUAAAUGACAAAUACGUUCAGCUUCUAGAUUGUUUAUUUGAUAAGGUUGGUUUUUUUUUUUCAGUUUUAAAGAUGUAGGUUUCUUUUUCAGAAAACACCAGA